GGGCAAUUUCAAGCCCACCUAUAGAACACCACACUUCAUGAUCCCUUCCUUUGUAGUCAUCUUUCCAGAGUUUCCUGUUCGUAUUUUAUUGGCGUGUGUAGAGUGAGAGCUACAGAGACAAACAUUGCCUGGAUUCCUUGAAUUUGUUUGAAUUUCAUCCUGAAUUUUCUAUAAGUAAGACCCUUUUCUGAAAAUUUCCAAUCAUUUCUAUUUGUCACUUAGUUCUAAUCGUAAUUAAAGUUGCUUUUUUUUUCUUUUUCCUGUUUGCUAUACCUUUAUUUAUAUUUUGAGUUAAUAAUUGUUUGUUCAAAUAUCGAACAAUGAAGUAUAGUUGUAGUUUUUGGUAAUCAUAUAAGAUUGAUUCUUGUCAAAUUUCUGAACUUAUGUAGGGUGGAAUUCCUGUUUUAAAUGGGAAAAAACUGGAAAAGAAAAUUACCCAAUUUAGAUUUAGGGUUAUAAUGUUCGUAUCCCUAUUCGGAAUUAGGGUUUCAAAUUGAAAAAAUUUAAUGUGGUUUGUUCAAACAAUGUGUUUCUAGUUAGGUUUCAUGGAAAUUAGGAGUAGAUUAUGUUGCUGAUUCUUCAUGGAUUAGUAUGAUUGUUAACCAAAAGUGUAGUUAGGGUAAAUUUUUAGUUCAAACCUUGUGUUGCUUGGAAUUGGCAUGUAAAGUUGUAAAUUUGUAGUUGAAAUAAAGGGAAUCUAGAAUUUUCUUAUAUUUUUCACUGUUUAUUAGUAAGCAUGAUUGUUCAUUUGUUAGUGAUCGAUAAUACUUGUUGCUACUUUGAUCCGUAUGUAGACUAAAAUUGUGAGUUCUGCAUAAGCUUUUUCAAGAGGAAAUAGUUCUCCGAAUCGAAUUUUGUUGGCAUUGAUACUUUUUAAACCAUGGAGAAAAAUCAAAAACCGCACCCGAUUUUUUGCUUCAAACUUCCAUGGGAAACUAACAUCCAAACUCACAAGAAUAACUUCAGUAAAAGUCUUUGUGACUUCGAUACGCCGUGGCUCUUCAAGUCUUUACAUACCCUAGGAACCCUUUCUUUUAACUUCUUGAAUUCAAUAACAAAUCCCAAUCAAGAUUCUCCAUUUAAAAAAUUCCAACUCAAUUAUGGCGGUGUUUCGAAGAAAAAUAAGACGAUGCAACCAUUGAAACGGAGCUUAAGCCCAGAUGAACAAGUAGAAGCAGAGCAACGAGCUUUAGCCAUGGCACUGGCUAGUGGGAAAGAAGCAACCGUUGUUGAAUUUUAUUCUCCUAAAUGCGCACUUUGCAAUUCGCUUCUUGCAUUUGUAACGGAAGUUGAAAAUCGCAACGCUGAUUGGCUCAACAUUGUCAUGGCCGAUGCUGAGAACGAGAAAUGGAUGCCUGAGCUUCUUCAUUAUGACAUAAAAUAUGUCCCCUGCUUUGUGAUUUUGGACAAAUCUGGCAAGGCACUCGCUAAGACGGGUGUUCCCAACAGUCGGCUGCAUGUAGUUGCAGGUGUUUCACAUCUUCUAAAAUUGAAACGUCCUAAAUGGGCAUCGAAUAACAAAACAUAAUAUGCUCGAAUGCUGUAAACUGGAUACCAUAGUGAGCAUCCGGUUCGGUUGUGGAAGAUGUUGAGCAUCCUUAGUUCUAAAAUGUGCGAGGCGCGAUGGGUUGUCUUCCAACACAGGAUGCUCGUUGCACUAAAAAGACAAGUAUCUAAAGAGGUGGCACGUAAUGUUAAACUCUUAGAAGUUUAAAGUUUUUUUUGCGGAGUUUGUUGCAGAAUAUGAAUGUGUAUCGUUCUACUUUAGUUGGGGAUGAUGUCGAGAAACCUUAGCAUUUAAAUGCGCAAGGCACGAUGGUAUGCUUCAGAGGCUCAAAGCAUCUGAUUUGCACCUUGGGCGCCUCUGCUGCACCUCAUGGGACGACUCACCUUGUAUCGGCUUCUUUAAGGCGCUAGCGUCUCAUGGCAUGCCUUUUAGUUGUGUAUUUUUCUUUUGGACAGAAGUAUGUAAAUUUUCUUUCAAAAUUAGUUGUUUGAUGAUCAUAUAACCUUCAUUAUUAUGUUGUGAAUUGGGUAAAGUCAUUAGUAACAGCGAAGAAACCUGACCUUAGACUUAAA